AUGGAUGGUUCACGGGUGACACAGAGUCUAGACUCGCUUUGGUUUUAUACUAACGUCUUUACUGCAGCAACACAUGAACCUGCUGUACCUUGUUUGACUAGUCCAUUUUCAUCUUCAAUCCAGGAAUCAAAUGCCACGUUGUGUGCAGCGUGUUCACCGUCAGAAGUUGAAGAAGAAGUGAUGAGAAAAUCUGCAAAGAAAGAAAGGAGAAAGAGGAGGAAGAAGAUGGUUGCAAUUGUUAAGCAGCAAAAUGAAAUGCCUCCGUUAGAGGAGGAUGUGGCAAUGAAACAACUUCUCAAGUUAUGGGCUUAUGCUGUUGCAUCUCAUGUGGAAAGAGCAUCUUCCAGACACACGUUGAGCUACCAUCAUAGGUGGAGUGCUAUAGCUCGAUUCAAAAGGUUUCAAAGCAAAGUAACACUUGGAAUAGUAUCCCUGGACCUCAAGGAAGCUAUACCAAUCAUCACUUUGCACUGA